AGGUUGGCAGCAAAACAAAACAAGAAUUCUUGAAGCGAAAAUCGAACCAAAUUUGUAAACCUCUCAAUUUUUUCCUUUUUUAAGUACAUAAAUAGAAGACGUGAGGACUUAAUAGCAUAGCUCACAACUCAAGCUUUUAAUUCCAAUAAUUUUGCAAUAAUAAGUGGCAUGUGAAGUUUUUGUAUAUUCAGUGCAAUCAUAAACCAAACGUCGCAGACUCUGCUGGAUUUCUCAAGUACAUACAAAACACAAUUUAAGACGAUGGAUCCAUACACGCCAGUCUUGCUGGACCCAAAACUGACUCCGUCUCGUAUUUUCGUAAAGAACCUGCCAACCACAGGCUUGAGCCGGCUGGAACUUCACGAACAUUUUUCUCAAUUCGGAAAGGUUCUGGGAAUAAACUACCAAUCCGACUUUGCGUUCAUCCAGUUCGACUCGCCAUCGCAGGCCGACCACGCCGUCCGAGCGCAGCACAUGACUUACUACAAAGGCCAGGUCAUCAAGGUGUUCAAGGCUCGUCAGCCUGAUGAACGCAGACUGCCCCGGGAACUGCAGAUGCAGAAUAGAAGCCCAGAGCCUCCCCACAGAGGAUACGAAAGGGAAUCUGCGGGGCCUCCACUUUCGUCCGGACCCGCAAUAAAUAUGAAACUGGCUUGCAGCGAAAACGAGAGAGCCAACGACUGCGAAAUUAUUGUGCACGACCGCAGCCAAAGGGCGUACGCAGAGAUGAUCGAGCGGAAUCUGAAGAAGAUGGGCCUUGCGGUUGACUUGCUUUUCCCCAACGAAACCAUUCCGAUCCUCACCUUGCUGAGCACAAUUGCAUCCAGAGGAACUCUCUAUGCCAUUAGUGUAAGUCCUCAACAUGAGUUGAAAGCAAGUAUGACGCUGAACAUUUUGCAUGGGGAAGAUCCCGAGGAGCACCGAAACAUGCCCAUCGACAAGGCCAUUGCUAUGGUUGGUCGAGACUUUGAGCGCUACGUGGCUUCUGGAGGAAAAAGACAGGGCGAAGUGACCACGGCCAGCGGCCUUCCCGAGGGCAUUGAAAACAUGCUGAAUCUUUUGGCACAGAGCAAACCACUCACCGUCAUGCAAUACGAAGCCCUCAUUAAGUUCCUCGCGCUAAAGAGGGAAGUCCAAGUCAAACUCGAGCUUGGAAACACUCAAACUAUCGAGUCCAAACCAGUUUCUCUUGGUGUCAGUGCGCCCUCAGCAGGUGAAUCUCAAGCGGAGCAGUUGCAGAAGAGAAUCAUGAGCAUUAUGGAGCAAAAGUUGGGCAAGACGGAACCUCCGAAACCUGCCGCGCCUAUCAUGGACGAUCCAAAAGUGCAAAAAGCUCUGUCGAGUCUCUUCUCUGGAAGUUUGUUUUGAGUUAAUUAAACUUAUUUAUCUCAAAAAAAUUAAAUAUUUCUUAUCAAAUU